AUGAUGAAACGAUUGGUAAUAGAGUAUAUAAAGUUCCUUCUUAGGUAUCCCACACUAUAUAUACUUGUUCCGCUAGUUAUAAUAUUCACACUAUCUUACAACAUUGUAUAUGAUUUCACGGUCAAGCAACUCAAUUCAUUAUUCUUGUAUGGAGUCGAAAAAAUAACGUUGUUACCAACUAUAUGUCAAGGCAAAUAUGUGACUAAACUUAUACUCAAAUCAGAGAAUGUGUUAGAUCCCCAAUACCUUGCAAAAGUACAGGAAAUGAAACAGCAUUUAAGUCUGUAUUCUAAUUGUAUUAUAACACCGAUCCUUAAAUUUGAACUGAAAAGAUCAGUUGUUCGUUACUUUAAUGAGAUGAAUGUUUUGUUGGCAUAUUUAUUCCUUGAUAAUCUUACCUAUACAAAUCAUUUCAUACAGACAGCAAAGACAUUAAAAAUUUACCUAAUACAUGAUGGCGACAUUCCCGUGGAAGGUGUCAUGGAAAUGUCCAAGCAUUUUAUCGAUUAUUUUUCUAUUCAAACUGGCGUGUCAAAGAUAAGAUUUUUCUUUCUAGCGAGUGACAUUAUUGUUGUUAUACUUGUUGGUCUGUUUAUAUUAUACUUAUACUUGGUACUUGCCAAUAGUCACAGAGUCAAAUCAAAUUUUCGAGUUUUGUCUCGUUGGUUAAUCAGUUUGUUUUUGUCGGGGUUGGCAUCAACAAGUUUGAUAACUUAUUGGGAAGGAGCUGCUAGUUGGAAUUUGGUCACUGAACCACUGACAUCAUUUACUAAAUUAACUUAUUUUUUGAUCAUUAUGGUAGCAUCUUCGUCAAACUUAUUUGAAGCCUUGGAAAUCCCAGGAUCAAAUGUUCAUAAGAGAUUGUUAGAUUAUUACACUGGUUUCUAUUGUUUACCAAGAAUAACCAAAAAUUUGUUUGUGAAUACAAUUACAGUUUGUGGAAUGCAGUUAAUUUGUAUGAUUUUGGUAUGGACUUGCUUCAGAGGGGAUUAUUUACAAUUUAUUUCUUAUAGAUUGUCGGUGAUAUCCAAAGAAGUUUUGGUCUGCAUGUUUAUUGAAUACUUGGUCGAGUUAUCCUUUGUUGCAGCAAUAUUUGUCGUUGAUCUGAAACAGGAAACAUUAAACUUAGAAGAACAAGAAGGGGCAAACCUAAUUUCAAGCAAGCUCAUGAAAAGUGAUAGAGGUACUUUGGCCCAUAGGUUAGGAUUAAAGUUGUUGACUGUUUCUCGAAGAAGUAAUCCAAUAAUUGUUGUAUCAUCAGGAUUGGUACUCAUGCUUGUUGUUUUAGCCCAUUGGACCAUUAUCAUGCCAAUGAGUUUGGAUAUAACUAUUGAAAAUUCAAAUACCUGCAUCUAUUACAUUGAAUAUUCAUUGCUAGUAUUAUUUAUUGUUGCUGUACUGGGAUUAGCUGUACCGACUUACAAUACCGAGCAAUUGGAAUUUAAUGAAACUGUGAAACGAUUCAAUACCAUAGACUUGACUGUGUCAUCGGAUAUUCUAAGAAUUGCAACUAAUCCUAAAACUUCCCAUUUGGUAACGACAUCUUUGGAUCAUAAAGUCUUGUACUGGUCCCCAUUAGGAGAUCCUGAUCCAAUUGAAUUAUCUUGUGACUUAUGGCCGAUUAACCAUUUGGGGAUUAAUGAUGAUGGCAGAUUUGUGAUUUUGGUGAGUUUCAAAAAAGGUGUUAUUAAAUGUUUCGAUAGAAAACUAAUGAAAGUCAAAUGGAUUCAAAUGGAAGACUCAUUAAGAAGUAAACCAAAAAUAUUAGAAUCUUUUUUUAGAAAGCGUACUGUUCCGGGAUUUUUGGCAAGAAAAAUGUUAAGAAAAAGAAGAGGCAGUGAUGCAUCAUUAUCAUCAGUAAAUUCACUGGUAAAUGCAAACUUUCCUCCUCCUCCACCACCAAUUGAAAUGAAAUCACACAGUCAAGAACAAAGAGAACGUAAGACCAAUUCUGUGGGUAAAGAAGAAUAUGUUAUGGUGUUCCAAACUGGUGAAAUUCUUGUUGUUUCCUGUGUUGAUGGUAGUAUUAAAAGAUAUGAUGUCAAGGAAUCAUUAAUUAAUGCAAAAAAGAUACGAACACCGAGAGUACCUGAUCGAAUAGUGUGCUUGACAUCAAGCGCAGAUCUUAUCGUUGUCAAUAUUGUGAAUAAUAAUUUAAAAUCAAAGCAGUUGACAAUCAAAAAGGCCAACCCAACAAGUGAACUUUCGAGUACAUUAAACCAACCAACCAUACAGGCAGUUGAAUUUGUUGGAUUUGUUGUUAAAGUUGAUGGAUUAGAAUGUCAGGUGAUUGAUGUUAUUUCUGGUAAUGUUGUUAAGCUGUUUGUUAUUGGAAGUAUGAAGCCAAACACAUUAAAAGUGUCGUAUCCACAACCAACACAUUGUCGAUUCUGUGGAAGUGCUGCGAUUUCUUCCUUCAGUGUCAUGUAUGAAAAUGACAGUGGAGAUGAUGAGGAGGGGGUUAUUGUUGUACACACAUUCCGAGUUGAUGAGAUGAGAAAGGCCAUUUGUCUAAGAGUUGAAAGAGAUCCUCGAGAAAUUAGAUGUCUUGGGUUUUCUGCAGCAGAUGAAAAAGUUAAUUGGUUUUAUAAUGUUGUCGGUUAUGAGGUUACCUGUGUUAAUCUGAUCAUUGGUAUAAUGGAGAAUACUAGUACUUUACCUAAAUUAACAAAUCGUAUGGAUUCAUCGAUUGGAUUAAGUUCAUUAAGGAAUAGAAAAAUCAAAAAAACUAAUCGUACAAGAAAAGAGUUUCAAUUGAUGCUGGUAUCAUUAGGUAGUGGGGAUACAGAUUAUUACAAAUUAUUAGACUAUCAAAACUUCAACAAUCUUUGGUCUGUUUAUCGAUAUGGAUAUAAGUCUGUGAUUUUAAAUUUGGGCAAUCGAUUGGAAAUUAUUUAUUUUGGUAAUAAUAACUUGAUAGAAUAUGUGGAUGAUAAUUCAUUAAAAUUCAACUUAAGGUAA